UAAAGGUGACACACAUGAGGCAGUUGUCAAAUCUAAAUGUGCCAUGCGCCGAAAGGGAACAUAUUUGGCCUGACCCCAUGACCAGCCCGGCCGAAUCUAACUUGGCAUUCUAUCAUAUGGCCAUCGUUCUUUAUUUUCCUUCGUUUCUUCUUCAACCUCGCAGCUUACGAGGCCGUAGUGUUUUGUAAGGCCUACUAACGCUAUCGUACAUUACCCACACGGAGAUUUUUGUUUAACGUUUCUCGAUUAAAAAGGCGCACGGGGCCGUUCGGGUCAUAUGAUAAUAUUGCAUAUUCGCCCCUUUGAGUUUUGAGAUAAGAUAGCCUCUGUGGCAGUAUUUUUGAUUUGCUUCCAGCCAAGCAGGGGUAGGGUGAGGACACCAGGCGUAAUAAAGCGCGCAAAAUGUUUUUCUUUUGCUCUAUUAAACCUAAUGUCCUGACUCAAUUCUUUAGCGACCCACGCUUACAAUGCUAAUAAAAGGGAAACGGAAACUACUCAUGCGCAGUAUAAGGGAAGACGUCGACACCAUUGGUUCGUGAUCACAUGAUACGGGGAGGUAAAACUGACUCAUUUGCCAAAAGUAGCGAGGAAAGUUCUGAUUCACAUGCACUGUUGGUAGAAUAGUCCUUAAGAAAGACACAACAUCUCCAGAGCUGUCACAGAAACCAACCGUGUGUUGUAAUGAUGAACGCAACCACAUUUAACAACACAACACCACGCUCUUCACCAUCUUCAGGGUUAAACAUUUACGCUGUGCUGAGCCCUACAUUUUAUCUGUGCCUCGUCAUUUACGAUGCGAUCAUCGCCGUGGCGACAACUCUGGCAAAUUUUCUCCUGCUCGUUGUAAUCUACCGCGAUCCUUUCCGUUGCCUGAGAACUCCGACAACUUUUCUGAUCGCAAAUCUCGGGGUGGCUGAUUUCUUUGUUGGAGCUCUCAUGGGAUUCGGUCGCACGGUGGAAAUGUAUUUCCUCUACAAAGGACACCGAGAGCCCCCGUAUCUAAAUUCUUUCCAAUAUUUCAUAGGAGUACUGGCUAUGUUUGCGGCAGUUUGUUCCAUAAUAGCGAUGUCUUGGGAUCGUUUUGUAGCAGUAACAGACCACAUUAACUACAAGAACAGGAUAACAGUCAAGAGAGUGAAAUUGUACAUUCUGUUUAUUUGGUUAAAUGCGUCAUUUAUGGCCGUUUUACCCGCCGCUGGUGUCAAAAAAAUAACUUUCCUCUACGCAUACAGUUACUCGCAUGUGUUUCUUCCUGCAAUCCUCCUAACAGUCGCCUACGUUGUGGUUUUCAGGACGUUGUCUCAAAAACUACAAACUUUUAACCGGCGAGUGUGUGCAGGAAACUCGACGAACGAAACGCGGAGGAACUUUCAACGAGAGAAAAAGCUGGUGUUAGCCAUCUUCCUUGUGUUAGUUGUGUUUUAUACUUGCUUUUUUCCGUUUGUUGUCAAGGUUCACUGGUGGUUCUUCUGUUCACGAUGUGAAACCUCCGCUGCUUUCAUAACAUACCACUUCAUAACAAAUGAUAUUUUAUCACUUUCUUCGCUAAUCGAUCCUUUUAUCUAUGCCUGGCGACUGCAAAGCUUUCGUAAAACGUUCCUUACAGUGUUGGGCUUGAGACAACGCAUUGCCGUUGAACGGCCUGUUUAAAAAACAUAUAAAUGUGCACGGA